AUGGUCAAAGGGAGACGCUUCAACCCACCCUUAGACAAGGACGGAAGAUGGUUCCCUCACAUUGGACUAACACAAAAGACGCCAGAAUCCAUCACAAGUAUGAUGUUGAAAGAGUCCCACAGUCCACGUUUAUCUCGACAAGUGGAGGAGAAACUUCCGCCGAUCUACAAAGUGCGGGAGAAGCAAGCAGUAAAGAACAACUUCCCCUUCUCUGAUCACGACAAUCGUCACAGCUUUCAGGACUCUGGGUUCUACCUUGACUCGGGCUUGGGACGUAAGAAGAUCUCCCCAGAAAAAAGGCAACACGUUUCAAGAAAUUUCAAUCUUUGGGCAUGUGACUAUGUUCCAUCUUGUCUUGAUGGCUUUUCAAAUAACCAAAUAUCAUAUGUCUAUAAGGAAGCUGUGGUGGUCCCAAUUUUCAGACGCUUUCCAAGACAUCAUCAUGAAAUAUGGAACACUUUUAAAUUUAUGCCCCAGCAAAGCUAUACAGAGUUUUGGAAAAAGAAUCCAAAAGUAAGGUUCCUGAUUAACAAAAAGACCAGUUCUCCACUGGAGCCAUAACCCUUCCAGAAGAUCCUGAUGUUUUGCAAUAUUGGUAUGUCGUUGGACAUUCUACAAGUAUGUGUUUUCUGAUGCAGCACUGAUGUUUGAUAUCAGAUUUGUUUAGAAUUAUUUAGAGAAUGUAGACUGCAUGUGCAUUAAUGCUGAGAUGAUGUUUUCUUGCAGUGAUAACAUAGAGAUUAAAGUCCUUAUAUAGAGAAACCAGAAUGGCAACAGAUAACCUUACCACUCCCCCACCUUGAAAAUAUUCUUAUGGUUUUAAUAAGGUUGAAAAAUAUUCAGGCCCUUUUAAAAUAAAGAUAUGUGAUGAUAUACACAUUUUAAAUGAAUAUGUUUGAAAGGAAAAUGUGCUCAUAUUUAAAAAUUGCCAUAUUAACUUCAGGGAGAGUUUUAAAACUACAUGAUUAAUAUAGGCUUACAUUUUCAUCUUGAAAUUUCAAGCAAAAUAGAGGAAGCUGGAGUCCCCGCUGAUUUUACUGCAUCUCUAAUCCCUGUCCCCAGUAAAAAGCUCACCAUUUGUUUUUGUUCUUUGCAUUUACAAUCACAAGUAUGUGCACAACUAUGUACAGAUUUUGAACAUAAACUGUCACAUAGAACACGCGUUCUUGCAGUACAUAAGUGAUCUUGAAGUUCUUGCAAUGUCAAUAGGAAUAGGUUGGUUUGCUUUUUAAACUACUGCACUGUAUCCCCUAAGAUGGCUGUGCUAUGUUAAAAAAAAAAAACAAAAACUGUCUUCCUAAUGAGCACUUGAAUUGUUUCUAGUUUGGGGCUGGAAAGACUUGGUGCUACAUGACAUGCUUGGUCAGGCUCUUUGGGCGGGUGUUUACAUGUGCUCUGGAGUCAGGUCUGAAAGUUACCUUGUUACUGCUGGAUUGGACCGUAUGCAUGGCUUUUGUUUGUUUUUUAAACAUUUUGGUUGCACUGUGCAGCAGGUGGGAUCUUAGUUCCCUGACCGGGGAUUGAACCCCCAUCCCCUCCACUGGAAGAUGGAGUCUUAACCUCUGGGCCACCAGGGAAUUCCUUGCACAAGGUUUUAAUCUUCCAAAUCACCUUUAAAAAAAGACUAGACCAAGUAAACUUCCACCAACAGUAUCUGUGAGUUUUUGUUUCUCUCCCCCCCAAAUUAUCUUUUAGAUAUUCAAAGACAUCUAAGGACAAAAACUAUCUUGUUAUCUUAUUUUGCAUUUCUCUAUUAGUGAAGACGACCAUCUUUUCCCACUCAGGGGUCAUUUCUAUUUUGCCCUUUGAAUGGUAUAGUGUCACCCUCAUUCUUUAUCAAAAUUAUCUGGUUUCUAUUUAACUAUUUUUUUCUAUAGAUUAAUUUUAGAAUAAGCUUUCAAGUAAAUCCACUGGCAAUUUGAUAGGAAUUUCCCUUAAUUGAGAUAUUAAUUUAUGGAAGAAUUGACAUCUUAUACAAUGGUAUAUCUCCCCAUUUGUUCAAAUAUUAUUUUAUAUUCUUUAAUAAAGUUGUAUACUUUUUGUCACAAAAGUACAGUAUGUUUCUUUU